AUGAAACGCCGACAUGUAAGACUGCGACAACAUUUUGUUGUCGCAACUUGCGACCUAUAUCAUCGUCCAGAAUCUAAGAAUAUAGUGAAAUGCCAUCAUUUCUGGAUUGAUUAUGCAAACAGAAACCUUGACAUGAUUACUGAGAUAUUUUCUUCAGAGACUCUGUUACAGUACAUCACAAAACAUGUUCCUGUAGAUGAUACAUCAACCAAGAAUUGGUGUAGACAGAUUUUACAGGGUUUGGAUUAUCUUCACACUCGUGAUCCACCCAUUGUUGAUCGUGAUGUUAAGUUAUUGAACAUCUUUGUUGAUGGAAACACUGGUAUUAUUAAACUUGGAGAUUUUGGUUUCGCUACGUUGAUUGAACCAGGGACUAGUGUACACAAUUGUAUUGGUUCACCGAUGUGCAUGGCACCAGAAGUAUUUCAAGGAAAUUAUAAUGAGAUGGUUGACAUACAUGCUUUUGGAAUAUGCGUACUAUGGAUGGUCACUCGGGAAAUCCCUUACGCGGAAUGGAUAAACGAUGAUGACUUCUACAGAAAUAUAGAUUACUAG